AUGGUUGCUGCAUAUGGACAACGACAACGAAGUAAACUUCGUUUUCUCAUGGGUAUUAAUGGUCUAUUAUUAGCUCUUGCUAUCUUUAUUAUCAUUUCUAUGUCUAUUUAUUGGGGCUUCUUCGAAGAAUGGACUAUUUGGACAGAUUAUACUAUGGCUUGGGUUGAAUUUAAUUUUUUCAUCUAUUAUUGGGAUCGUUUGACUAUCACUCGUGUUUAUCUUUCAUUUAUUUACAUAUAUGGUUUUGUUCUUUUUACUAUUAUUACAUUACAAAUUCAUGGUUAUCGUCGACGAAAUAUUUUUCUUAUGGAAUAUGUUCCUUAUUCAUUAUUUUGUUUAGCUCUAGUAACAAUUAUUGGUGGUUUAUGUUGGUUUGCUGUAACAAUGAUAAAUAUGAAUGCUGGAUUUUUAACAAAAGAAACAUUUUUACUUGAACGACUUCGUUUUCGAGGUAAUGCUUUUAAAGAAUUAAAAUAUCGUGAACAAUCAUUUCAUUUCGUUACAUCGAAUAAUGUACCACCACGUGUUUUUAUAUUAACUGCCUUUGUUAAUCAACGUCAAAGAGAUUUUCAAUGUUGUGGUUGGAAUUCAUAUCUUGAUUAUGCAGUUUCAUAUAAAACAGAUUUACCAGAUACAUGUUGUCAUAAAUAUCAAGCAGUUUAUGGUUGUGGUAAAAACAUGUUAAUUAAUCCUGAUCCAAAUAUUGUUAAUACACGUGGAUGUGGUCCAUUAAUGAAAUAUUGGUAUCGACGUGGUUUUUGGGAAAAUAUAUUUAUGGGUUUAUUUGGAAUAUUUAUUGGUAUUUAUAUGGUAUUUGUAUUUCAAUAUAAUUAUAAUGAAUAUAUUCAAUUACGUGAUGAAGCUGAUGAUAAAAAACGUAUUUUACAUUCACAAUCUAUGGCAUCAUUUCGUUCAAUGAAUAGUAAUGUAUUAAAACAUCCAAUAAAAAAUAAUUUAAUACGUCAUCCAUAUACUGGUAUGCGUGGUUCACCAUCAAAUGGUACAGCUACUGGUUAUGAUUCCGAUAAUAAUAGUACAAGUGUACUUUAUCAAUCACGUGCAACAUUUAAUCCAAAUCCUUAA